AUGUCCAAAGUGGUGUGGCCAGGAGAGAGACUUGAAUACACAGACGACUGUCUGGAGGGGCACGGAAUCCACAAAGAAAAACAAGAAAACGCAGAGGACAUGUUUGUGGCAAGUGUCUGCGGGCGUGUAACGCAGGUAGAUCGGUUAAUAACUGUUGAAACAGAAACAUACUGGUACAACCCGUGCAUAGGAGAUGUUGUGGUGGGAAAGGUGACAGGAAUAGCCAACAAAAGGUGGUACAUUGAAAUAAACACAAGACAAGAGUCUGUUCUUCUCCUCAACUCAAUCAACCUCAUAGGAAACGUGCAGAGAAGAAAAGGAGAGCUAGACGAGAUAAUGAUGAGCGAGUACUACGCAAUCGGGGACAUUGUCAUAGCAGAGGUGCAGUCGGUGGGGAACAAAGUGCAGCUGCACACAAGAAACCCAAAGUACAGAAAAAUAUCGUUUGGAGUUCUCUUGAAAACGGACAAAGUGCUAAAAGACAGGAAACAGUACCACCACGAGACAAUGAACGGGAAAGAGGUAGAAAUCGUGGCAGGAAAGAACGGGUGCAUAGUCAUUCACAGCGACGACACAGCAGCGCACAGAGAGAUUAAAGAAAUAGCAUCGAGAGUGUUUGAGUACAUAUAG